GUCCGCCAGGUCUCCCUCCACUGGCACGCGGCCGAGCAGCGCCACCCGAGCGGCGUCUGCACGCCGCGCACCGCCGAGCUCUGCGCGACGGGGCCCUGGGGUGCUCCUCCCUGCUCCGCCUUCGCCGAGAAGGACAUCUGGGACGUGCAGAAGGUCCUCCGGCAUCCUCUCGACCAGGAGUGGGCUCUGAAGCCCGCGUCCGUGGAGGAGGAGGAGGACGCGCCCGCCCCAGUCGUUGCGAAGUUCAACGCGCGGGGUUGUCGGGAGGUGGAGCCUCCGACAGCCGCCGCCCGCGCGUUUGCAGCCCUCGGGCGGCGCCCUGGCCAGGGGGCCAACGCGGGCCCUGUGGCGCCCCAGGAGGAGCCCAGGCUUGUCGCCCCCGGCGUGCCCCUGCCGCCCGGCCUCCACAUCCAG